GCGUACAAGAGCGGCUCGACCUCGUCGUCGUCGUCGACCAAGCAGGCCUCGACCUCGUCCGGCAACCAGCUCGCCGCCUCUUCUAGCAACGUCCUCGUCUCGAGUGGCGUCAACAAGUUCCUCGGCACCAACACCGGUGCGAUCGCGUCCUGGUUCCGCACGAACUCGGGCGCCGACUCCACGAACGGUCACUCCUGGUGCUACUACCCCUACAACGACGACACGCCGGGCUUCGCUAUCUCGCUCAACACGAUGAUGUCGGACGCCAACUGGGACGCGACCGCCGCGAGGCAGAAGUACUGCGGCCUCGAGGCCGUCGUCACGACCCCGGCCGGCAAGCAGCUCACCCUCUACGUCACCGACGCCUUUGACGACGCCUGGGUCCUCACGCCGACCAGCAUCGACGUCGUCUACAACUCCUUCACCAAGCUUCUCGGGUGGCAGACGUCGAGCAAGAACGACGUCAUCCAGAAUGUCUCGUGGCGCUUCACGGGCAACCGCAAGGAGCAGUACAAGUACGCCGGUGCCGGCAACUAG